AACAUUCAAGGACAAGAAAGACAGUUAACUAUCUACCUAAUUUUUUCCUAAUAUCAAAACUCAUUCUAAACUAACCCAUCAAGCUCUCACAUUUCUGGUUUUCGAAUAAGAAUGGCAGAAGCCUCAACCUUUCUUGCUGCCAAAAGGGUAGCAGUUGUAACAGGAGCAAACAAGGGAAUCGGUUUUGAACUAUGCAGGAACCUCGCUUCAAAAGGGAUCAUGGUUGUUUUGACUUCUAGAGAUGAGAAAAGGGGACUUGAAGCUUUUGCAAAAUUGAAAGAUUCUGGUUUGUCUCAUCAUUUAGUUUUCCAUCAACUUGAUGUGACGGUCCCUUCUAGCAUUGCCUCCCUUGUUGAUUAUGUCAAAUCUAAAUUUGGAAAACUUGAUCUCUUGGUUAAUAAUGCUGGAACUUUUGGAGCUAUUCUACAUCAACAAGCUUUUGUCAAAGCUACUGAACUUGCUGGAUACUUUCCAAGUGAAGAGCAAGCCAGUGAGUAUGAGAUUGCAACUCAAACUUUUGAGUUGGCGCAAGAAUGCUUAGAAACCAACUACUAUGGUGCAAAAAGAAUGGUUGAAGCAUUUGUUCCCCUGCUUCACUUAUCUGAUUCCCCCAGGAUUGUCAAUGUUUCCUCCAUUAUGGGGUUAUUGAAGAAUAUACCCAGUCAAUGGGCCAAGGAAGUGUUGAGUGAUGCUGAAAGUGUUACAGAAGAGCAAGUGGAUGAAGUCCUAAAACAGUUUCUUAAAGAUUUUAAAGAGGGGUCACUAAAAGAUCAAGGUUGGCCUAUUUAUUUCUCAGCAUAUACACUCUCCAAAGCAGCAAUGAAUGCCUACACAAGGAUUGUAGCUAACAAGUACCCAAGUUUCCUUGUCAAUUCCAUUGGUCCAGGCUUUGUGAAAACUGAUAUAACUUGCAACACUGGGGUGUUAACUGCCGCUGAAGGUGCUGAAAAUGUUGCAAGGCUAGCACUGCUGUCAAAUGAUGGCCCUUCAGGUCAUUUUUUCCUUAGGAAGGAAGUCUCAUCUUUUUGAUCGAAGAUUUUAUCAACGAGUGUGUCAUAAGAUUAAUUCUCAAUGUUGAGUGAUCUUAGAAUCAAUGAUUAAAAUUCCACUGGCAAUGCAAAUUUCCCACGA